CAUUGAGCCUGACAAGUUGGCAAAACUGUUGAACAAUAACAAUUGUGUGAAAUUAAGCUGAUAAUUAAUUUGAGUAUUAUUAAUUGAAAAAUAAAAAUGCCGAUUGAUCAAAAAAGAAUAAAUGGACCAGAAGUGUCAAUUCCAUAUCAAAUUUAUGUGGAUUCAUCAUCAAAAGAAACUGAAAAACGAAAAAAUUUAUUAUUAAAAAGAGAAGAUGGAAGAAAACAUUCUGAAAUAAGAAAAAUGUUUGUAAAAGCUGGAAUUGUUAGUCAAGCAAAAGGAUCAGCAUAUAUUGAAAUUGGUAAAACAAAAGUAAUAUGUACUGUAUUUGAUCCACGUGAAAUACCAAAUAAAAGUGGUUACAGUUUACAAGGUAAUUUAUAUUGUGAAUUUAAAUAUGCAUCAUUUUCAUGUAAAAAACGUAAAAUACAUCAACAAGAUAAUGAAGAAAAAGAAUUUAGUAUGAUAAUGCAAAGAUCACUUGAACCAUCAGUAUGUAGACAUGAAUUUCCAAAUUUUCAAGUUGAUAUUUAUGCACUUGUAUUAGAUAAUGAUGGUUCAUGUUUAAGUACAGCAAUAACAGCAGCAAGUUUAGCAUUAGCUAAUGCAAGUAUACCAAUGUUUGGUUUAGUAACAGCUGUUACUGCUGGUAUUUAUAAUGAUAAAAUAUUUAUUGAUCCAACAAUUGACGAAGAAGAAUUAUGUUUAAAUCAAACAAUUUGUGCUAAUGAUAAUGAUAAAAUAACAAAACAUGGAUUAAUUAUGCAAGCAUGUUUACCACAACAUGAACAAAUUGCUGAACUUCAUUUUAUUGGUGAUAUUAAUUUAAAUGAUAUUCAAUCAAUAUUAAAUAAUUUAACUGAUAAAAGUAAAGAUAUAUCAUUAAUUAUACAACAAAGAUUAGUUAAAUCUGUUGUUAAUAAUUUUAAUGAAAAAAGCAAAAUAAUAAAUAUAAAAAAAGAAUAA